UGCACCUCGCGUUGUCCACUGUGUAGACGGGGGAAAGAAAGGGGAUUUAUUUUAGAUGUGUGCAAAUUUCCGCAUCUGAUUUUUGUCCAACAACCUCCUGUGGUGCGGCUUUAAUCAGGUGUACCAUUGCAGUUCUAACUGCAUUACACUGACGUUGCAUGAAGGAUAGAUUGUUGUAUCCAUCGGUCUGAAAGAACGCGACAGUAGCAACACAGCGAAGACGGCCACAAUGAUUCCUGAUAAAGUUCCAAAAGACGACGUUUUUCACGCUUCAGGGGACCUGAAGAACGAAGCUCAUGUCCCCAACUUUGAAAAAUAUAAAGAACUCUAUCAUAAAUCAGUAGAGGCACCCGAAGAGUUUUGGGGGGAUGUAGCCAAAGAGUUCUACUGGAAGACCAAAUAUUCUGGUCAGUUCCUGGACUACAACUUUGAUGUUACCAAGGGCAAGAUUUAUGUGAAAUGCAUGGAGGGAGCCACCACCAACAUCUGCUACAAUCUGCUGGAUCGCAAUGUGCACGAGAAGAAACUUGGAGACAAAGUGGCUUUUUACUGGGAGGGAAACGAGCCAGGGGAUGAGCUGACUGUUACUUAUAGAGAGUUGCUGCAACAAGUGUGCAAGUUUGCCAAUGUCCUCAAGUCACAAGGGGUCAAGAAAGGGGACCGUGUGUCCAUCUAUAUGCCCAUGGUUGUGGAGCUGGUGGUAGCCAUGCUGGCCUGUGCUCGUAUUGGAGCUGUGCACUCCAUCGUGUUUGCAGGGUUUUCAGCAGAGUCUCUGUGUGAGAGAAUCAUGGACUCUCAGUGUUCUCUGCUGAUUACUGCCGACGGAUUCUACAGAGGGGAUAAGCUGAUCAGUCUGAAGGUGAUUGCCGAUGAGGCGCUGCAGAAGUGCCGGGACAAGUCUUUCACAGUAGAAAGGUGUAUCAUGCUGAAACACCUGUCUAAAGAGGAAGAGGCGACGUCCCCUGGUUCCCAGUCACCCCCUGCAAAACGACCUUGCCCAGACCUUCAGCAGGAGAAAGAGAAAGAGAGAGCAAAGAGAGUCCGUCCUGUCCCCCAGGUGCCCUGGAACCCUGAGGUGGAUAUGUGUUGGCACUCUCUGAUGAGAGGAGCGUCAGAUGAGUGUGAGCCAGUGUGGUGUGAUUCUGAGGACCCUCUCUUCAUCCUGUACACCAGCGGCUCCACAGGAAAACCAAAGGGUGUACUACACACAGUCAGUGGUUAUAUGCUCUACACAGCCACCACCUUUAAACUGGUGUUUGACUAUCAGCCAAACGACGUCUACUGGUGCACUGCAGAUAUUGGCUGGAUCACUGGCCAUUCCUACAUCACCUACGGACCCCUGGCCAACGGCGCUACCAGUGUACUGUUUGAGGGUUUGCCCACAUAUCCAACCGUGAGUCGGAUGUGGGAGAUUGUGGAUAAAUAUCGUGUGUCCAAAUUCUACACAGCACCUACAGCCAUCAGACUGCUCAUGAAAUACGGCAGUGAGCCCGUCCAAAAGUGUAAGAGGGACUCUCUGAAGGUUUUGGGGACAGUGGGUGAGCCCAUUAAUCCAGAGGCGUGGCAGUGGUACUACAGCGUGGUCGGAGAGAAGAAGUGUCCCAUCGUUGACACGUUCUGGCAAACUGAGACGGGAGGGCAUGUGCUGACCCCCCUCCCAGCUGCCACUCCAAUGAAACCAGGUUCAGCAACCUUUCCUUUUUUCGGAGUGGUUCCAGCAAUCCUGAAUGAGUCUGGGGAAGAACUGGAGGGACCAAGCGAGGGAUAUCUGGUGUUUAAACAGCCUUGGCCAGGUGUCAUGAGGAGUGUGUUUGGAAACCAUGAGAGGUUUGAAACCACCUACUUCAAGAAAUUUCCUGGAUACUAUGUCACAGGAGAUGGUUGCCGUAGAGACAAGGACGGCUAUUACUGGAUCACAGGAAGGAUAGAUGACAUGCUCAAUGUCUCUGGUCAUCUGUUGAGUACGGCGGAGGUGGAGUCAGCCCUGGUGGAGCACGAGGCUGUAGCGGAGGCGGCGGUGGUGGGACGGCCUCACCCCGUCAAAGGAGAAAGUCUCUACUGCUUCGUCACGCUCACAGACGGAGUCAGCUACAACCGCACCCUGGAGGCGGAGCUCAAAAAACUGGUGCGAGAGAAGAUCGGGGCUAUUGCUACUCCUGACUACAUACAGAAUGCACCAGGACUUCCUAAAACUAGAUCAGGUAAAAUUAUGCGGCGUGUGCUGCGUAAGAUUGCCCGUAACGAGCGGGACUUGGGUGACGUGUCCACGUUGGCUGACAGUUCAGUUAUAGAGCAGCUUUUCCAGAACCGCUGCUGCACUGCCGUGUGACUGCUAGACUGGGCCAACCGGAACCGGUGGCCUGGCCUUGUGAUGGGUCUGUUUUUGGCUUGCAGGAGAGCAUCUGUCCUCAUAUGGGUGUCUGUAGUUGGGAUUGGAGGGAUACCUAGAGAUGUAUAAAUCUUUCCUCGGUUCCUAGACUUUUUUAGAAUUGUGGGGGAAAUUUUCAUGUGGGAAGGGAUAAGGAUUUUUACUCAAACUGCUUGUACAUUAGAAUUGUUUAGUUUUCUCUAAAAUCUUUUGUCUUUCUUUUUUUUUUCUACUCUGUAGAUUUUAGUUUGCUCAUCUUUUUACUCAUUUUAGGAUAAACGUGCACAUGUGUGCAUGCACCAUGUUAAACUUAACAUUGCUUUUUUCCUUUGUGUCUGUAGCCAGACUGUGGGAAUAUUUCAUUGCCUGUUCAGAUCACCACAUGCAUUGUAAUCUGUUAAGAGGGCAUAUUUGAUUGUAUUAUCCAAAGAGAAUUCAACAUCCAUAAUAUUUUUCCUCUUUCUUAUAUUUUUAUGUCAACACAAAUGGUAAUUUCAUUUCAGCACUGUUGUUCUAUUAAUGUGCCAACGUAACCCAGAAAUGGGAUAUCACUGUGUCUGUCGAGAAGAAAGAAAAGAAAGGUGUCUUUGAUCAAAUUUCUGUCUGUACCAAGCUGUAAUGAUACAAAUUUGUUUGCUUGUCACAUGACUACGAAUGUGUAUCUGUGUGAGAUCUUUCUCCUGGUGAUAACAGAGCUGAGAUUACUAGUUUGUCUCUGCUUUGGCCACCUCUCUGUUGUACUCCACUGUCAAAGCUCUCAUGUUUGUGAUAGACUUUCUCAACAUUUCAAAAUCACUAGCUCCACAACACAGGGUUUACUCAGACUUGACUGUGUUUCCAUGCCGGACCAAUAGAGGGUGCUCUUAAUGAGAUAACUACUAUUUCCACCAAGAGCUUUCACUCACUGAAAUGAAAAACUCUCAGUUGGUUGCCGUGAGGUUCCAUUGUGACAUUACUUAGGUAGCAGUUUUAUUUUAUAGCAUUAAACUCAAUCCUCAGGUCUCUAUCCCUUUUGCAUGAGCCUUGACUGUAUAAAUAUUUCCAGCUGUGUAUGCAUUUAUCCACAUAUAUAUAUAUAUACAUAUAUUCCCACGCCAGAUGCUGCUGUUCCUGUCAGGAAAUGUCUUUGUUUCUCUGAGAAGUCUGAUGCAAAAGAAGGACAAUUUAGCUUUAGUACUAAAAAAGGUUUAUAUGCAUAUGAAUUACACUGUAAACUAGAAUACAUCCCCGUAGCUUGGUACUAACUGAUCAGUGAGUGAGAUACUGGAUUAGAUUGACAAACUUGAUGUCUACUAUUUAAAAAAAAACACACAGCUCCUCUUUGUGUGCUGGGUUAUGUGGUUUCUUCUUUUUACCCUACUAGGUCUCAUGUGUUAGUCAUCCUCUAAACUCUACUUGUAUGGCUGGUUUUGUUGAUGCAGAAGUUCCAUAGGAAAUGAGCAUCAGUGUAUUAUGCAUUCUGUUCAUGUACUUUGUCUGUGAAUGACUCCUUGUUGAAGCACCGGAUGAAUUGAAUCACGUUUUUUUUGUUUUUGUUUUUAAAUCACCUUUAUAUUGUUUCAGGUUUUUCAAUUUAUCAGUGUUCCUCCUGUCCACACACAUUGCAUUUUUAAUGAGUAAGAAACAAGUAAUCUAAAGUGUGAAUGAACUGAAAA